UGGGUCUUUCUUGUCAAUCUAGUUUGAAAUGUUUUUGAUGGUUAAGGUAAGUAUGUCCUCCUGAAGCAAGCCAGAAUGUCGACUCUGAGUGGGUAUAGCCGUGAGUUAGUCGGUAUUAACAAUUGCGGCCCAACGUGGGGUUCGAUAGCAAACAAUAAAAUUAGUGCAUUAUUCGAGUCCGGACACCCGAUGAAACCGCACCGGAUACGGAUGACGCACAAUCUGCUACUUAACUAUGGACUUUACCGAAAAAUGGAGAUUUGUAGGCCAGACAAAGCGACUGCUGACGAGAUGACCAAGUUUCAUUCAGACGAUUACAUUCGGUUUCUGCGUUCGAUCCGUCCCGACAAUAUGUCCGAGUACAACAAACAGUUGCAGAGAUUCAACGUCGGAGAAGAUUGCCCAGUAUUUGACGGGUUGUACGAGUUUUGUCAGCUUACGGCCGGGGGCUCGGUAGCGGCCGCCAUCAAGCUGAACAAACAGGCUUCGGAAAUUUGCAUCAACUGGGGAGGUGGUCUGCAUCAUGCCAAGAAGUUAGAGGCUUCUGAAUUUUGCUACGUAAACGAUAUUGUGUUGGGCAUAUUGGAGCUGCUCAAGUAUCACCAGCGAGUACUGUACAUCGACAUUGACGUGCACCACGGAGAUGGCGUGGAGGAGGCGUUCUAUAUCACCGAUCGGGUCAUGACGGUGAGCUUCCACAAGUAUGGCGAAUAUUUCCCCGGAACGAGGGAUAUGCGAGAUAUCGGUGCCGGCCGAGGAAAGUAUUAUGCGGUUAAUAUUCCGCUGCGACAUGGAAUGGAUGACGAGCCGUACGAGUCGAUCUUCGUGCCGAUUAUCUCGAAGGUCAUGGAAACGUUUCAACCGUCGGCGAUGGUGCUCCAGUGCGGUGCUGAUUCCCUGACUGGCGAUCAGCUCGGUUGCUUCAAUCUCACCGUCAAAGGCCACAGCAGGUGUGUGGAGUUUGUGAAAAAAAAAUACAAUCUGCCUUUCCUGAUGGUGGGUGGCGGUGGUUACACCAUCCGCAAUGUAUCGCGCUGCUGGACCUACGAAACGUCCGUGGCGUUGAUUUCGGAAAUAGCCAACGAGCUGCCGUACAACGAUUACUUCGAGUAUUUCGGGCCGGAUUUCAAGCUGCACAUCAGCCCGAGUAAUAUGAGCAAUCAGAACACGACGGAGUAUCUGGAGAAGAUCAAGAAUCGGUUGUUCGAAAACCUGCGAAUGUUGCGACAUGCACCGGGCGUUCAGGUGCAAACCAUCCCGGAGGAUGCGGUCAAUGACGAGAGUGAGGACAAAGAUAAGGUGGACAAGGAUGAAAGGCUGCCACAGAGCGACAAAGACAAACGAAUAGUGCCGGAUAAUGAGUUUUCCAAUUGGGAAGACGAGGGAGACGGUGGUCGAAGGGAUAAUCGAUCAUACAAGGGAAGCGCACGGAAGCGACCGUGACUGGAAAUGGAACCUAAACCCGAAGAGGUCAAGGAUGAGAUGGAAGUGAAAGCUGAAACCGCAGGUGAUAAGGAGGAAAACAAAGCAGCCGAGGAACCGAAAAAGGAAACCACGGCCGUUGCAUGAUCAGUGUUGGCCGCAUAUCGGAAAUAACUCGACAGUGUGUAGCAUGAUUUCGCAAUCAUCUGCAUGAGUUACAGACUCCACCACACAUCCAUGAGCAUUCAGAUACACACAAAUGAAAGGGCAAUCAACAAGAGUCUACAUACAUCGCUGAUAGUGCGGGAUCAGAAUGAAUGUUUGUGUCUGCAUGUAUUUUAUAUACGUAGGGUUAAAGAAAGCUUUACUUUUAAGGUAGGACAUCAUGAAUUUCUGAAAUUCAGAAACAAAAAUGACAAAGGCACUUUCCGUUGGUAAUUAGUAGCCGUAUCACAUUCGCUUCCCUAUCGCAUUGAUAAAUAACUAACAAAUACUUAGGAUUGAAAUCAUUGUUUCCUACCAUCAGACAAUUUUUAGCAACAACCGACACACAGAAAACCCACAAAAUAAAGUUUGAUCUCAGAAACAACAACACACGUUUUUAAUUAACCCAAUUUUUC